AUGCGCCUCUACCUCAUCCGACAUGCCGAGAGUGAGCACAACGUAGCUCGGGUUUAUGCUGGUGUCACAGAUUCUGCCCUGACAAACCAUGGCAUCAUCCAAAUUGAACGACUGUCUUGUCACUUACGUGCUCAAGGUGUCCGGUUUACGCGGGUGUUUUCCUCGCCCCUCCAACGUGCUCGCAUGACUGCUGAGGGGCUGUGUAAAGAAUCUGAUGACUUGCAGCCUGUGCUAUUGCCGAUCCUCAUCGAGAAGAAUUUUGGGUCAAUGGAGGGCCAGUCUUGGAGAUCGAAUUCUACAUCACUGCCCUCGGAACCUAGCCCUCACCAUCAGGAACCCGAGACAGCCUCGUCAGUGACUGCGCGCGUUAAACAGUUCAUUGAUAGUUUCUUGUUUCCUCUGCUUCAAGCAAACCAUGAGACUGAAGUGGUCGCCGUUGUGUCGCAUGGCUUGACUUUACUAGCAAUGUGGGACACAUUGGCCGCGUUGUGCAGCGGUGAUGACCUCAUAUUUGGCCCUGCACCUCUCGCCCAACCUCGACAUCCAGGCUGGUCUAAUACCGGCUAUAUGGAGCUUGAGGUAGCGCAAUAUUCAGAGAAAGCACAUGAAGAUGUGUUCCCUGGAGUUACUUCUCAAGAACCCGCCGCUUCUACUGGCGGGCUACCUAUUCUCUCGGAUUCUGCUUUGGUUUCCCUGAAGAUCACGGUUUAUAGAGCCAAUGAAAGGCAACAUCUACAUGGUUUAAGACGCACCAGGAAUGGAGUUGGAAGCGCCAAACAUGAUCCCCAGCAAAAGCGUAUUGACCAUUUUUUCCCGAAGCCUGAGGACUAA